UGGGUCCCCAGAGGGCACUGAGAGGCCACAGCAGCCGAGGGACACCCUGCACCAGAUGUGAGCAUUUGCUCCACUGCCCAAGCCAUGCGCCUCUGCGGGGGUGAAGGGCUGCUGACAGGGAUGGACCCUGAGGGGCAUCAGAGGCAGCUGAAGAAGAAACAGAAGAACCGGGCAUCUGCCCAGCGCAGCCGGAAGAAGCACACGGACAAGGCAGAUGCCCUGCACCAGCAGCACGAGUCACUGGAGAAACACAACCAUGCUCUGCAGAAGGAGAUCCGGGGCCUGCAGGCUGAGCUGGCGUGGUGGAGUCAGGCCCUGCGCAUGCAUGAGUGCCUGUGCCUGGUGGACUGUGCCUCCUGCUUGGCUCCUUUGCCCCCUGGCUUCUGGAGCCAGGCCAAGCAGCCCCUGGACCCCGGGCCUCACCGACAACAUGACUGCCAGGAGCAAGUGGGCCUGUUUCAGACCCCAGUCUCCUCUCCCUCGGCUCAUCAACUCUCUCCAGAUCUGCAGCCUCCUGCUUCCUCUGGCCUCCUGUCCCCUCUGCCUUCACUGUCCCUUGGCUCAACUACAAUUACUGCACCUCCUGCCCAACUGUCCUCCACCCCUGUCCAAUCUGCCUCACCCUCUGGCUCCAGCCUGUUGAGACCUUCCUCCAAGCUCAAAGCCCUCCUGCCCAGCUCGUCAGCCCAACCUGCCCCUCCACAGCCUUGUGGGCCGGAGCACCUCACCAGGGGAAAGCUGAUGUCCUCACCCCACAGUCCCUCGGCUGCACUGGGGCUGGCCUGUCUGCAGGACACGGAGCACAAGCCUCUCUCAGUAGCAGACCAGCAGGGUCUGGGUGUGGAGCUCAGCCCCCACCCUCUUUUGGCCUUCCCCCUGCUCUCCUCUGCUCAAGUCCACUUCUAA